AUGGGUACAAUCCCAAAAUGGAUUGGUGGAUUGCGUCAACUGAGUUAUAUCUUCUUGAAUGACAACCAGUUUCAUGGAGAUCUUCCAGAUACAUUUUGCUUGGAAACCUCAAAGUUGAUUGACGUUUCUCAUAAUCAUAUGUCCGGUCAUAUCAGCUAUGAAAUAUUCACAUCAAACGGCACCAACUGCAAUGGACGGAAUGCGUAUGAUAAUCCCCAGCGUGAUAUGGAGUUCGUCACAAAGACAAAAACAUAUACUUACCAUGGGUGGCCUCUCUAUUAUAUGAAUGGUUUAGAUUUCUCGAGCAACAAUUUCACUGGCGAGAUCCCUCCUCAAAUUGGCCACUUGGGUAACACCAAAGUUCUUAAUUUUUCCUACAACAUGUUCACAGGACCCAUCCCGCUGACUAUUGCAAACCUAUCACAGAUUGAGAGUUUGGAUCUUUCUCACAAUAAUUUGGGUGGGGUGAUUCCUUCUCAAAUUACGGAGUUGCACUCUCUAUCCACUUUUAGCGUGGCUUGCAACAACUUAUCUGGAAAGUGUCCUCAAAAGAUUGCACAAUUCAGUACAUUUGAUGAAGAAGGAGAAAGAGGGUUCAUUGACAUGGAGAGUUUCUACGUUAGUGGCUCAGUAUCUUAUGUCAUGGUGUUGUUGGUAAUAGCGAGUGUUUUGCAUAUAAAUCCAUAUUUCCGACGAGUAUGGUUUUAUUGCAUUGAUGUCACCAUAACUACUUGCUAUUAUUUUGUGGUGGAUCAUCUUCCAGUUCCAACCAAGUACAAGGUGUGGGAACCUCGAUUCUAG